AUGACAUCCACCGAUCCGGCUACGGAGCAAGCCUCCAAAAUACCAAUUCUUCUGCUCAAGACGAGAUCGAGUCCCGGUGAUUCGUAUGAAGACCUCUUCUCAGAAGCCAGCGCCAAUGGAACUGGCUUUGCGCCUCAGUUCGUCCCGGUGCUAUUGCAUCAGUUCCAUGGCGAUGGUAUGAAAGAAGUAGCGGCGCUGCUUCGUGAGCGUCGCAUUGGAAACCAGAAACAUCAUGAAUAUGGCGGCUUAAUCUUUACGUCGCAACGAGCAGUUGAAGCAUUCGUGAAACUUGUUGAAGACGGAAAAGCUGACGCUACCACAGACCCAUCAGAAACAACAUCAUGGCCUCACCUCCAAAACGUUCCUGUCUACAGCGUCGGUCCUGCCACGACACGCGCCCUCGCUGCCGUCCCUCAGGACCCUCCGCUCCAAGUCUUCGGUAGCCACACGGGCAACGGUGCCGCUCUGGCUCCCUAUAUCCUCGCCCACUACUAUGAAUGGUACCGUGACCAAGCCCGUCCUACCCUCCCACCACUACUUUUCCUAGUCGGAGAGACCCGCCGCGACAUCAUCCCCAAGACCCUACAGGACGGUGCUCUGCCCGACACCGAGCGCAUCCGAGUUAACGAGACGGUCGUUUACGGGACGGGCGUCAUGGAGAGCUUCCCCGUUGAUCUGCGCCGGGUUCUUGGCGAGACGCGCGAUGAUCCGGUCCGCUGGAUCGUGGUAUUUUCCCCUACGGGAUGCGACAGCAUGCUCCGGGUCAUGGGCAUUUUGGAUGCUGAGACGAACAAAGUAUACAAAGGAUACAAGCGGGACGGUAAGACUUUUAUUGCGACCAUCGGACCUACCACAAGAGAUCAUCUGCAGACAUUUGGCUUUGAGCCAGACGUUUGCGCCGAGUCGCCCACGCCACAGGGCGUAUUGGACGGCAUACAGGAGUUUAUGUCCAAGACGAGGCAGAGUUGA